AUGUCUGACACUGGAUCACCACCUCAAAAGCCCGAGGGCGGCGAGCACCUUAACAUCAAGGUGACCGACAACAACAACGAAGUCUACUUCAAGAUCAAGCGCACCACCCAGCUCAAGAAGCUCAUGGAUGCUUUCUGCGAGCGUCAAGGAAAAGCUCCCACCAGCGUGCGAUUCCUCUUCGACGGGCAGAGAGUCAACCCCACCGACAACCCCGAGACUGUGAGUUCUCCUGCAUUCCCACACCCUCGCGUCCGCACUUUAUCUUGGUUCCAUGACUGA